CCUGGUUAAUAGGAAAGUAAAGACACACUUUAAAAAGUUCAAUAAUAAACAAAUGUCGGCUAGGUUGUAUGUCACAAACAGUGUCAGAGAGCUAUUUAUGGAUAAAGUUAAAAUAACAGUGUCAGUUUGAGGACAGCAGUUUACUGUGAACAAUAGCUCGAACUAACUCUCUGGUUCAGGAUAACACGACAUCGUCAACCGGGAAGUGAGUUGGAGGUAAUGGCGGGCUGUACAUACACACAGGUCCUCAGACUUACUGUGAUUACACAAAUAUUGCUUCUGUGUGUUGCCCAGAACGCAAACAGGCAAAACGUUGCAAUGGGCAAAACGUGUGGCAUAAGUUCUAUGUGGACUAACAAGGACAACUGCUCAGCGGCAAUAAAUGGAAACAAAACCCUAGAUUAUCCCGGCAACUGCAUCCACACUUUGGACAGAGACUACUCACCUUUCUGGUGGGUGAACCUUGGGAAUGAGUUCACCAUCAGCACGAUGACGAUCUACGGACGGACUGGCUAUACAGGUAGAAUGGCUCGAGUUAACAUUUUCCUGGAUAAAACCAUCGUCAAAAGCUUCACCAGUCAAGACACAUGGAUAAACGAUAAACAUGUCAUCACUGUGGGUCGUGUAGGGCGAGUGGUCAACAUUACAAAAGACAGAAACCCGGGUGAAACGAUGAAUAUUUGUGAGGUUGAGGUGUGGGUGUGUGACGACGGUUGGUAUGGAGACUGUACACAGGCCUGUACUUACUGUCCCAGAGGCUCUGGCUGUGACAAGGUGGACGGCAACUGUACGACCUGUGAAACAGGCUUCCAGCUCCCACAUUGUCAAGCGUGUGACGACGGUAGGUAUGGAGACAACUGUGAACAAGCCUGUGGUCAGUGUGCCGGUGGUGCUGUCUGUGACAAGGUGACCGGUAGCUGUACGUCCUGCCAGACCGACUUUGAAUUACCCUUGUGUAAAGUAUGUAGGGACGGUAGGUAUGGUGACGACUGUCAAGAAACUUGUGGUCGUUGUGCCGGUGGUGCUGUCUGUAACAAAACAAACGGCAACUGUACGUCCUGCCAGACUGGCUUUCAGUUACCGCUCUGUAAAGUAUGUGCCGACGGUUGGUAUGGAGAGCACUGUAGCCAGACAUGUGGUCAUUGUGCUGACAGCUCUGUGUGUGACAAAGUCAACGGCAGUUGUACUUCCUGUGAGACAGGUUUCCAGACACCACUUUGUCAAGAGUGUGUUGACGGGUGGUAUGGAGCCAACUGUACACAGAGCUGUGGUAACUGUUUAGAUGCCUCUGUCUGUAACAAGGUGUCUGGCAGCUGUACAUCCUGUAAAACAGGGUUUCAGCUACCACUGUGUAAAGAAUGUGCUGGUGGAUGGUACGGUGGUAACUGUACCAAGACUUGUGGUAGCUGCGCGGUUGGCUCUUUCUGUGACAAAGUCAACGGUACCUGUGUCUCCUGCAAAACAGGUUUCGCUCCUCCUUUUUGUACAGUAUGUCAAGACGGUUGGUAUGGAGACACUUGUGCGGAAACGUGUGGAAACUGUUUGGGAGAUAACUCUACCUGUGACAAGACCAACGGGAGUUGCACUUCUUGUGACGGUGAAUUCCAAUUACCUCUGUGUAAGGAGUCGAUGACAUCAAGUCAAACUAAAUCCAGUGGUCCUCCUGUCGGUUUCAUCGUUGGCCUGUCUUGGCUGUAAUUGUUGCUGCAGUUGUUGUAGUGAUCGUCGUUUUGUGGCUAAGGCGUCGACAACAAGCAAAAGGAAAUCAAUCUAGACUAAUGAGAGGAAACAAAGAUAACCGAGAUGAUGACAUAAUAAUCUCAGACAACAUGAAAAGUGUCGGUGCAA